AUGGAUAUUUUGAAACAUCAAGAAUUGGAUCCACCACAAUUUUGUUAUCCAUCAGCUAAUGGAUCCUGUAUUAAACUCAAUCAGACUUGGGCAGCUCAGGUUAUCUUGUAUAUAUUCUUUGUGACAGGAAUGAUCGUGACAAUUCUUGGGAACUUGGUUGUUAUCAUCUCCAUUGCGCACUUUAAACAGCUCCAUACACCAACAAAUGUACUGUUGAGAUCUUUGGCAGUGGCAGAUCUGCUACUUGGAAUGAUUGUGAUGCCCUUCAGCAUGAUUAGAUCUGUCGAGGGCUGCUGGUACUUUGGGGAUGUUUUCUGUUUAUUGCACUCAAGUUUUGACAUGUUCCUCACCUGUGUAUCAAUUUUUCAUCUUAUUUUCAUUGCCAUAGACCGCUAUCAGGCAGUGUGCAAUCCACUCCAUUAUUCCAGAAGAAUAACCAUCCCUGUUGCAUGGCUUAUGAGUGCUCUGAGUUGGGUCGUUGCAGGUAUAUACUCGUAUGGUCUUAUUUAUUCAAAAGCUAAUAUAAAGGGGCUGGAGGAAUACAUUGCAUCUAUAUAUUGUUUGGGUAGUUGUAUUCUGCUGUUUAAUUCUUUGUGGGGUGUCCUGGACACUUUAAUUGCAUUUUUUCUGCCUUGCUCUAUUAUGAUUGGAUUUUAUGCCAAAAUAUUUGUUGUGGCUAGGGAGCAUGUAAGAAGGAUUGGAGAAAUGAAUCAGAAACAUUUGAAUGAAGAAAAUAAGAACAAACUGUCUCAAAGUUCUGAGCGCAAGGCAGCAAAGACACUGGGCAUUGUGGUGGGGGUCUUCAUUCUUUGCUGGAUGCCUUUCUUUGUGAACAUGAUUAUUGAUCCCUACACUAACUUUUCCACUCCUUUAAUCAUCUUUGAUGUGCUUGUUUGGCUAGGUUACUUUAAUUCUACUUUAAAUCCAAUAAUCUAUGGUUUAUUUUAUCCUUGGUUUCAAAAAACAUUUAAACUUAUUGUCUCUUUGAAAAUAUUCACUCCACAUUCUUCAAAUAUAAAUAUAUUUAAUGAAAGAUAA